AUUACAAAAAGGAGACGAACCUGUGAACAUGCAUGCGUGCAUGCUAGCUAGCCUCACAUGUGUGCUGGUCUAGAAGAAACCAGUCACGUCGCUGGCGCUUUUCCAGUCUAGACUCUAGGCUCGUCGACUCACAGAGCUUAUCUCCUCAGCUUUUCUUGGGUAAUCCACAUCCCCGACUCCACCUAGUACCCAGGUAGCACGACCUCCCCGCAUCUCCCCGCAUCGCUCGCAGCCCUGGGACAUGCUGCCACUGCCGCCUGCGCCCGCUGCCGGCACUCCGCCGGAUCUCCAUCACCACCGGUCAUGCCGUGGGCUCCACACCAGCUCCCUCGACACUCUGCCGGAUCUCGUGCACCACCACUGGAGCAUCCAUGGUGCAGGCAGUUGGGCAGCCAUGCUCAUGCCACCGGCCGUCUCGCCGAGCCGUCUCUUCCGGGAGGUCAUGCAUCGGAAGAAAGGCCGUCUCCCCCAAGAAGAAGUACCCACUGACUCCCCUCGUCGCCGCUAUCCGCCGCCGACCGGACCUAGAUGGACGCCUCCUCGAGGCAAAGCUUGCGCGGGGCUGCGGCAAUCUGGCCUUCUCGGUGUCAACACAGUCUGCAUCCAUCCAGUACUCUAUCCACCAAGUGCGCAUUGGUGAUUGUGAUUACGACCUCCACUUCCCUCCAUCGCGCCUGACGCAUGCCAUGGCGCUCGCGCCCUCAAGCUCCAGCACCAGCCCCGCCUUCCCGCUUCGCACCGCAGCCCACGUACCUCUGCUUCGGCCGCGUCGGCAACCCCUCCGGCCCUCGCCAAACCGGCGACCACCAAGAACCCUGCCACCUCCUCGCCUCCGCUUGGUGCUUGCCACCACCAUACUUCCUCCUGACGCCUUCGGCAAGCGGCAAAAGCCUUCCUUGGCUUCUGCGGCGUGUACGCCGGCGCCAAGCGGUGGCGCGUGCCCAUCGGUGGAGGCUGUGAGUGGAUAAGAGCUAGUAUAAAAUAAGGAUUAAGGACUGCGGGCUGAAUUCCAACUAAUGCAGGGUUUUGUUUGUAAAAAUGAAACGUUUUUCCAUAGUGUCACUUACAUAAGGAUUGCGGGUUGAUUUCAAAGAAACAAAGGGGCUUUUUCGAAAAA